AUGUAUGAAAAUUUCAAAAAGAAGUUUAAGGGGGUGAAGUUAAGAAAUGAGAUGUGGAAUGCAUCACGUGCACUUACUGAGAGUGUAUUUAAGUAUCACAUGCAGAUUAUAAAGAACAUUGAUAAGAGAGCCUAUGAGUGGCUUGCAAAUGUGCCUCCUAGGUUAUGGUCAAGGCAUAAAUUUGAGGAUAAUUCAAAGUGUGAUUUAGUUGUCAACAAUCUCGCUGAGACAUGGAAUGUCAACAUUGGUGAUGCUAGGGAUAAACCACUCAUUACUAUGUUGGAGUGGAUUCGUAGUUAUUUGAUGCAUCGCAAUCAGUCCAGAAGGCAGUGGAUUCAGAAUCAGACUGGGUUGUUGUGCCCUACCAUAGCAACUGACUUGAAGAAUAUAAUGGAUGACUGCAGACAUUGUAGUACCACAAAGGCAGGUGAUGAUAUUUUUGAGGUUUACUAUAAAGGUGUUAAUGAGGGUGUUAACUUGUCAAAUAGAACAUGUAGCUGUCGAGAAUGGGAUGUGAAAGGUAUACCAUGCAUUCAUGCCAUUGCAUGUAUAAUAUCUGAAAGGGGGCAGCCUGAGAAUUAUGUGGACAGUUUUUAUCAUAGGGAGACUUAUUUCAGGACAGAUUACCAUAUUAUAUACCCUAUGCCCCUUAGGAACUUGCAACGAGAAGUUGGCACUGAUCCUAUACACCCACCUAUUGUUAAGCCUGUAACUGGUAGGCCUAAAAAGAUAUACAAAAUGAAGCUGAUGCAAGAGGAAGAGGAGCUGGUGGUAAUAAAGCUGAUGAAAGAGGAAGAGGAGCUGGAGGUAAUGAAGCUAAUGGAAGAGGAAGAUGAGCUGGAGGUGGUGCAAAAGAAAGAGAAGCUGAAGGUCAUUACAAUACCAUCAAGAUAUGGGACUAUGCUGAACAAUUUGAGGAGUAGCCAACCAUCAUCAUCAUUAGUUGACUUGAAUGUCCUAUGGAGUAGUCAAGCAUCAUCAUCAUCAGGAAGGUCUGUGCAGUUGUGUUCUUUUAUUGCAGUUGUGUGA